UUGUGUGCUGUAACUAAGAUCCUGUGCGGGCAAAGAGGUAAAAAAAAAAAAGGAUCAUCCAUAUAAAUUGCAUAGAUUUGAACCUUCAGUUCAGUUCAGUCACUCAGUCCUGUCCAACUCUUGAGUGACUAGUGAGUGACUCCUUGUAGCAUACCUGAGCUGGCUCUGUUUACCUCCCAGACCUCAUUUUAUCCUUUUCGCCCCUUUCACUCUGCCAUUAACCUCUUUCCUACUUUUCUUCCAUCGCAGGGACUUUGGACUGGUUGUUCCCUCUGCCCGAAACAUUCUUCCCUCAGCUAUUUCAAUAGUUCCUUCCCUUACCUCCAUCAGAUCUUCACUCAAAUGACGUCUGCUCAAUGAGGCCUUUCCUGACUGCCCUAUGUAUUUAUUUUUGGUCCGCACCAAGUGGCACGUGGGAUCUUAGAUCCCAACCAGGGAUCAAAGAACAAGUGCCCCCUGCAGUGGAAGUGAGGAGUCUUAACCACUGUACCAUCAGAGAAGUUCCCUGAACCACCCUAUUUAAACGCACAGUCUUCCCUCCUCUCCCUGUCCUUCCCAGGUUUAUUUUUCUCUUUAACAAGUGUCACCUAAUUACAUAUACUCAUUUAUUUAUUUAUUACAUAUACUUAUUUAUUGUGCCCCUCACCAGAAACCAGUACCAAGAAGGCAAAGAUUGUCUGUAUUGUUUCUUGCUGUGUCCCCAGAGCCUAGAAAAGCAUAUGGUAAGCACUUCACAGAAAUUUUGAAAAGAAUGGUUUUACUAUAAGAAAUUUCUCUCAUGUAUAGAGCUCUUGUUCUCUACUGGCUCUGUGCCAAGCUCUUUACAGACACUAUUUCACUGCAUUUCUCUCUCACUAACCCUAGAGGGAAUGCCAUGACCCCACUUUACAAAUGGGGAUACUGAGGCUCAGAGCUCUGCCAGCUUGUAGCCUUUGCUUGUAGUCACCAGGCUAGCUAAUAUGAUCUCAUGUACGUGAGGCAUGUGGUACCCAGCUUGGUACCAUCAGUCACAGCUUUGUAGGAUGAGUUAUUGUCACAGGUGCUUUUUAUGUAUUUUGCCCCUUGGGGUGAGCUGCCACCUAGCUCCUGAGUCAGACCCUUGUGUCUGAUACGGUACAGGGGGUGGUUUCUGUCUUGAAACUGAAUCACCUGGAAAGGGUGUUGGGCACAGACCCAGGGCUCUAAAAUGAGUCAUCUCUUUACAGACCAAUGAGAAUUCAUAGCAGGGUCCCCCUAGUGCAUUAUACAGGCUGGGAAGCUGAAAUUCAGAAAAGCCUAAAGUUGUCCAGAGGUCGAAUAGCACAGGGACAGAGACUGGGAGGUCAGAUUCCUGACCAAGGGGGAUAGACACGGUUGCCGGGGGAGACUGUUCUGUGCGGUGUCAUAUCCCUUCUUCAAGUGGUAGGAGAGAUGCCCCAGCCAGCUCCUUCUAUUCCAGACUGAGAAGAGGGGUGAGUCAGCCUAUUGUGGGGGGAGCAUGCUUGAAGCCUGUCCUCCUUCCCCCAUCAACAACACACACACCCAGAUGGGCUGGGAGCUGGUUUUCUGGGAUGCCGCGGCUCCUGAGUCAACACAGGGAAUCUUGGCUGAGUGUGUUCUGGGAAAUGUCAGGCCUACAGGAAACAAAGAGCUCCCACUCACACCAUCCUGCAGAGAGUGAACUUGCAAAGUGGAAGGGCUCCAUGUGCAAGGGAAAUGUUUGCUGGGGACAUAGGUGUUCAAAGGAGAGAUGCGUUGAACCUACUGAGAGUACAAAUAAGAGGUUGCCGAAAUGUUCACGCAACGGAGAAGUGAGUUUCUACAGGAGAGGAAAGUUUGCAAAAAAGACGUGUAGAAAACUGAAAGGUCUGCUGCAUACAAGGUUCUUUGAGACAAUGUGGCAGGAGGUGGGGGGCCUACUGCGUGCGACCUGUGAACAGCUGGGCCGGACUAUUGGUCUGCCUUAUGGGGCCCUGGGGCCAGGGCCCCGCUGCUGGGGGCCAUGUAGGGGUUCUUGGGCCCAAAAACUUCAUCAAGAUGGGCCUGGCAGGGGCCUGGGUGAGGAGGACAUUCGCAAGGCCCGGGAGGCCCGGAUCAGAAAGACGCCCUGGCCCCAGCUGAGUGACCGUUCUCGAGAACGCAAGGUGCCUGCCUCCCGCAUCAGCCGCUUGGCCAACUUUGGGGGACUGGCUGUGAGCUUGGGGCUGGGAGCACUGGCUGAGGUGGCCAAGAAGUCCCUGCCUGGAGGAGGUGUACAAUCAGAGGGAGGCUCCCAGCCAGGCUCCAGCCUUUUCCUGUCGGAGGCCAACGCCGAGAGGAUUGUGCAGACCUUGUGUACAGUUCGGGGGGCCGCCCUCAAAGUUGGCCAAAUGCUCAGCAUCCAGGACAACAGCUUCAUCAGCCCCCAGCUGCAGCGCAUCUUCGAACGGGUCCGUCAGAGCGCCGACUUCAUGCCACGCUGGCAGAUGCUGAGAGUUCUCGAAGAGGAGCUCGGCGGGGACUGGCAGGCCAAGGUGGCCUCUCUGGAGGAGGUGCCCUUUGCAGCUGCCUCCAUUGGACAGGUGCACCAGGGCAUGCUGAGGGACGGCACAGAGGUGGCCGUGAAGAUCCAGUACCCAGGCGUUGCCCAGAGCAUCCAGAGCGACGUCCAGAACCUGCUGGCAGUGCUCAAGAUGAGCGUGGCCCUGCCAGAGGGCCUGUUUGCUGAGCAGAGCCUGCAGGCCUUGCAGCGGGAGCUGGCGUGGGAGUGUGACUAUCGUCGUGAGGCGGCCUGUGCCCAGAACUUCAGGCAGCUAUUGGCAGAUGACCCCUUCUUUCGGGUGCCAGCGGUGAUUCAGGAGCUGUGCACGACGCGGGUGCUGGGCAUGGAGCUGGCUGGAGGGGUCCCCCUGGAUCAGUGCCAGGGCUUGAGCCAGGACAUCCGGAACCAGAUCUGCUUCCAGCUCCUGAGGCUUUGUCUUCGGGAGCUGUUUGAGUUCCGAUUCAUGCAGACGGACCCCAACUGGGCCAACUUCCUGUAUGAUGCCUCCAGUCACCAGGUGACCUUGCUGGACUUCGGGGCAAGCCGGGAAUUUGGGACCGAAUUCACAGACCAUUACAUUGAGGGCGGACCCAGGAGGCCUGAGCAGCAUCUGCCCCCUGCCCCCUGUGGGGCCCUGGGGCCCCCUGAAAUCUCCAGGACGGAGCCAGACGGGGCGGGCACCAUGAACAAGCUAAGGCAGAGCCUGCGGCGGAGGAAGCCAGCCUACGUGCCUGAAGCGUCGCGCCCACACCAGUGGCAGGCGGACGAGGACGCUGUGCGCAAGGGCACGUGCAGCUUCCCGGUCAGGUACCUGGGCCACGUGGAGGUGGAGGAGUCCCGGGGGAUGCAUGUGUGUGAAGAUGCUGUGAAGAAGCUGAAGGCGAUGGGUCGGAAGUCCGUGAAGUCUGUCCUGUGGGUGUCAGCUGAUGGGCUCCGGGUGGUGGAUGACAAGACCAAGGACCUGCUGGUGGACCAGACCAUCGAAAAAGUCUCCUUCUGUGCUCCUGACCGCAACCUGGACAAGGCUUUCUCCUACAUCUGCCGUGAUGGGACCACCCGUCGCUGGAUCUGCCACUGUUUCCUGGCGCUCAAGGAUUCAGGCGAGAGGCUGAGCCACGCGGUGGGCUGUGCUUUUGCGGCCUGCCUGGAGCGGAAACAGCGACGGGAGAAGGAAUGCGGGGUCACGGCUGCCUUCGACGCCAGCCGCACCAGCUUCGCCCGCGAGGGCUCCUUCCGCCUGUCUGGGGGCGGGCGGCCGGCGGAGCGAGAGGCCCAGGACAAAAAGAAAGCAGAAGCAGCAGCUGCCCCAACUGCGGCUCCUGGCCCUGCCCAGCCUGGGCACGUGUCUCCAACACCGGCCACCACAUCCCCUGGUGAGAAGGGUGAGGCAGGCACCCCAGUGGCUGCAGGCACCACUGCAGCUGCCAUCCCCCGGCGCCAUGCCCCCCUGGAGCAGCUGGUUCGCCAGGGUUCCUUCCGUGGGUUCCCAGCACUUAGCCAGAAGAACUCGCCUUUCAAACGGCAGCUGAGCCUACGGCUGAAUGAGCUGCCAUCCACGCUGCAGCGCCGCACUGACUUCCAGGUGAAGGGCACAGUGCCUGAGAUGGAGCCGCCUGGUGCCGGCGACAGCGACAGCAUCAGUGCCCUGUGCACGCAGAUCAGCUCAUCGUUCGCCAGUGCUGGAGCCCCAGCAUCAGGGCCACCGCCAGCCUCGACAGGGACUUCUGCCUGGGGUGAGCCCGCCGUGCCCCCUGCAGCUGCCUUCCAGCCUGGGCACAAGCGGACCCCUUCAGAGGCUGAGAGGUGGCUGGAGGAAGUGUCCCAAGUGGCAAAGGCGCAGCAGCAGCAGCAGCAGCAGCAGCAGCAGCAGCAGCAGCAGCAGCAGCAGCAGCAGCAGGCGGCCCCAGUGCCCACUGUGCACCCCGGCCUGCAGCCCUUCCCUGCCCCUGUGGGGCCCUUCGACGCCACACCUGCCCAGGUGGCCGUGUUCCUGCCGGCCCCGCACAUGCAGCCCCCGUUUGUGCCCGCCUACCCUGGCUUGGGCUAUCCGCCCAUGCCCCGCGUGCCCGUGGUGGGCAUCACCCCCUCACAGAUGGUGGCCAACGCCUUCUGCUCAGCCGCUCAGCUCCAGCCCCAGCCCGCCACCCUGCUCGGCAAAGCUGGGGCCUUCCCACCCCCUGCCACCCCCAGCGCCCCUGGGGGCCAGGCCCGUCCACGCCCCAAUGGGGCGCCCUGGCCCCCGGAGCCGGCACCGGCCCCGGCCGCUGAGUUGGACCCCUUUGAGGCCCAGUGGGCAGCGUUAGAAGGCAAACCUGCUGUGGAGAAGCCUUCCAACCCCUUCUCGGGCGACCUGCAGAAGACCUUCGAGAUUGAACUGUAGCCCGAGCCGCCCUGCCCACCCCUCAUCUCCCGGUGUCCCACUCCUCGGAGUGGAGGCCCAGCCUCUCCCCUAGUCCUGCUCCCUCCCAUGGCCCCUCUAACCCCUUCUCUCGACCACCUCCCACAACCACUAUGGAACUGACAUUGUGACGCCCAGGUUGCAACGGGAUGGAAUUCAGGGACGGACCCAGCCUGGCUAAGGGACCCAUUUCUCUGCCAGACUUAGGCUGACACAACCUCCUCUCCCCUCACUCCAGACACAGGGGGAUGGCCACAGUCCCACUGAGCGCCUUGGUUCGAGCUACAUUUCCCUGUUUCUGUUGUUGACCUUCUCUACCUUCCAGUGUUGGGUGGGAUGGAGGUGGGAUACCCACCUAGGGGCCCUCGCGGGCCCCACACGAGUGCCCACCCCCAGGUCUGAUCAUCCCACCCCCAUACACAGCACAAGCGAAGGGCUUCCUUCUGCCCACCUGCUGCGUUCACUGCCAAUGCUGUGCCCACCCCUCCCCUCCCCUCGGGGGCCCGCCUCUUCUUUGGACCAAGGUCUCAAGGGGAUAGGGGGCCAAGUUGGGGGGCCAGGAGGUGGGGUAGGGGGAAGGGGAAAGGGAAGAAGAAGAAGCUCAGUUACCUCACGUUGGUGCCCGCUGGGGAGGGGUUCCAGGAAGAAGGAAGGGGUGCCUGGCGGGUACUUUUCUAUCUUUUAUUUCCAGAUUUUUUUGUAUCUAAACUUGCAGAUUUGUAUUAUACAAGGACAACCAAUAAAGGAAGAAUAUAAUGGUGCCCCUCGA